UCCAGUCAAUUUCCAGUCCAGCCUGUGCCUCUUCAUCACUGCGCACACGCGAUCACACUCACUCACGCACACACGGGUGUUUGGUGGUGGAGCGUAAACCUGACAACAAAGGGACGCACGGAGUGGUGGGGAGCUCACUGCAGCCAGGACACAUCAAUAUCACAAUCCAAACUGCGACAAGCUCACUGAACAGCUUUUUCACAUCUGCUGGGAGAGGAUACAUCAGUCAGGCUGGAGGUGACCGUCACAGAGGCGUUAAUUGCUCGCGUUGACAGUACAGCCGUACUCGUGAGCCUCGGUAGCGAAAUGGAGAUGGAGCAUUUUGACGACCGGGACAAAGGUCAGAGGCACGGCCGGUCCGGCGCCAAGAUUAACGGGGUGCCGAGCCCCACGCACAGCGCUCACUGCAGUCUGUAUCGGACCCGGACCCUGAAGACUCUGAGUGCUGAGAAAAGAGCCAAGAAGGUUCGUUUCUACCGUAACGGCGACCGGUACUUCAAUGGGAUCGUAUACGCCAUUUCCACAGACAGAUUCCGGACCUUUGACGCCCUGCUGGCGGACUUGACCCGUUCUCUGUCCGACAAUGUCAACUUACCCCAGGGUGUCCGGACCAUCUACACCCUGGAUGGCUUAAAGAAGAUCACCAAUAUUGAUCAGCUGGUAGAAGGUGACAGCUAUGUGUGCAGCUCCACUGAGGCCUACAAAAAGCUGGAUUACACAAAGAACGUAAAUCCUAACUGGUCGGUGAACGUCAAGGCCUCAUCUUUGUCUCGUGGCCCUGUUUCCUUGAGCAGCUCCAAGGCUGGCAUCCCAGAGUCCCGCGAAAGCAAGGACUUUAUCCGUCCAAAGCUUGUGACAGUAGUGCGGAGUGGAGUUAAACCUCGCAAAGCUGUGAGGAUCCUGCUGAACAAGAAAACAGCUCAUUCCUAUGAACAGGUCCUUACUGACAUCACUGAUGCCAUCAAACUCGACUCUGGGAUUGUUAAGAAGAUCUACACGUUGGAGGGAAAACUGGUAUCAUGCCUGCAAGACUUCUUUGGAGAUGAGGACAUCUUUGUGGCCUGUGGACCAGAGAAGUUUCGCUACCAAGACGACUUGAUGUUGGAUGAAAGUGAGUCCCGCAUGAUGAAGUCAUUGACCUAUGGAAAAAUGUCAGGCUCUCUGAACCGAUGCUCCCCCAGGACAAUCAUCCAAUCACGUCGGAGCAAAUCCCCAGCAUCUGUGAAUGGGAUGCCAGCCAGUCAGAUGUCCACUCCUCAUUCGGGAAAAUCCCCCAGCCCUUCUCCAACUAGUCCGGGCAGCCUCAACCAACGCCAGGAAAAGGAUAAAGCUGUCACUGAGCAUAGGCCGACAACAUCUUAGAGUCGCUAGAAUACGAAGAAAUCACAACAUCCUGACAUCUUUUGCGUCUCAGAACAGGGCGAGGCAUCAACUUUUGGCCUCACCCAGUGCUGCUCUGGGAAUGGAAGGCUAAUGUUAGGAUCCGUGCUAUAGUUUAAAAACACUUCCAUGGCAUUCCUAUGCAUGCUGACCCUUAGCUCUUUGUUCCUCAUGGAGAACUCCAUCUGCAGAUUGGAGCUCUGUAACAAAUAACACUGACUUAUAGAGAUCCCCUAAUCUGUGAGUCAGCAGUUUGUGCAAUAUCUGAGCUAAAAAUGAGACUGAGUGAAGUCAUGUCCUUUUAUACAUGUUUGCUUGUGUAACUGACUUAGAAUUACAUUUUAUACUAGUGCACUUGAUAUUUUCAGCAAUUUUUCUGUUAGUCAAGUUUUCUGUCGGUAAUCUCAACGCCUCAUCCAAGUACCUAAACUAAGAACCAUGAUCUAUUUUCUGGGUCUAACAGGAGAGAAAGAGGAUUUUAGAUACAACAACACUGUGUCCACCUCACCAUUUUGUAUUUACUGCAUGACAAAACGUGGCUGUUUAGAGCAGGAGCAUGCAACUCAAAGGGAAUAUCUUUAAUUCCACAUCACACUUCCUGAGUUCAUCUACAGGAUGUUGUGUGUGUGCAUGUUAAAGAUCAAAGUUAAUCCAGUCCUUGGCAGUGAUGACGAAGAGCUUUUAGUAUCAGCUUCUGUCCUAAUCAGACUUUUCUCCCAGUAGCUUUUUAAUUUGUAAGCACUUUAAGCCUGCUGUGGAUUUAGUUCCUUCUGCCUCCUUAACAAACACUCACACUGAGUUUCCUUCACACUUAUGUAGUCACAGACAGAUAGAGCAGUAUGAAGCUUAGAUGAGCUUUCACGUAAAUGUAAUAUGUUUUUCCCAAGCAAUCUGAUUUAAACUUGAUGUAUGCCGGGAUACAGCUGCUGAUUUCAUACUUGUGAUGAAAAUUCUAGUGAGCUGGCUUGAAGCAGGUGGAUGAAGCAUAGAAGUUAAAGACAGGUGUUUUCUUCCAUAAGCUCAGGAGAUUUAAAGAUGUACAGAACACAUUAUCCCAGUGCAAAACGUCAAUCCAAGUGUGAAAGCUCUUCUCACUUCACGGAUAACUUGUAAUCACACAGUAUGUGAAUGUGUAAGUGUCUAAUUUAUUUGAAGAACUCUGAUAACAAUAAUAGAAUAGCACCCUAACAAACAAUUUACCCCCCAAAUUCCAUGACAGUUUUAAUGUGCUUUAGCUGUCUAUGUAUGCAGACAUAAUCAUUUUUUUUCCUAGAGCAAAAAUUGCCAGACUUUGCAGUCAAUAUGUUUUAAAAGUUGACAUACAUAACUGAGUGGUUUAUGAGUGUUUUUAUGGCUUUUUUGCAUGAGUGACCACCUACACUAAAUUCGACCUAACAUAAAGCUUAGUAAACUCAGUCUUGUGCUAAAGUCGAUGAGCUAGUAAUGGAUAGUGAAGAGUCUGGCCCUCAGGCUUCUAAAGCCAUCAGCAGUAGGCUUGUAUUGAUGUGAUAUGAAGGUCAGCCAGGGCAGCAAGAACAGAUCAAAUUUGGGUUGCAGCUACUGAGAGCUUAACAUGAUGCAAAAGAGCUUCCAUGUUCAACUGGGUCACCAUAAAUUACAGGGUUGAGAGGAAACGUGUUGCCACAUUCACACAUUUGUAAACUAUCCUCUCUGAAUGAGUAAACGUGGGACACUUACUUAAUAUAGAUGAUUGCAGUGCUCUGUUCUUUCCUCACAGAUAGAAGGUAAUUUCAGAGGGAGGCUGUGUGAGUGUUACAGGAGGGAAGUUGUCCACAGUAAAUGUUUCUAGAAACAUUUUAUGUCUCUAGAAACUACAGAUAUGCAGGGUUUAGGAAAUGUAAUGAAGCAUUGACUGAAAGGCAUCAAAAGCCUACAUUUUUGUGGUUUCUAGAAACAUAAACUGCUUAUGUAUUAGUCAGGUGACUGGUGUAGUUAGGUAGGUAAAGCUGAUAUAAUCAUAUGCGAUAAGAGAAUUAAAGAUAAACACUGCUUUUCUUUUUUGCCACCAUCCACUUUUCCCAUCAGAUGUCAGCCAUCACAAAUCAGAGUUGUUUUGCAAACCACUGAUACAUCAGUUAAAUUCUAGUUCUGCACAUCACAAGCUGUGAGUAUUUUUCUUAAAGAGAGAUUAUUCCAGACUUUGUACUUACUGACACUCUACAUGAAGCCUGCAGUGACUUGACUGGAAUGAGGGGAGGAAGCUUCACAGCCCAUUAUCUCCGCUCUCCAUUCUGCAGCCUCACACUCUUCAGACAUAUUAUGAAGUAAUUCUCUCCUCCACUUCUUACUUUUCCAUAGUCUCUGGUAGCGAUUCCCUCUCCCCCCGUGACAGUUUCUCAUCCAGCCGUUCUAACUCACACAUGCCCAUCCCUCCCUCUCCCUUCCCCCAUAUGAAAGAGCAUUAACUUCACAGUGUGAAAUUAUGUUUCAUCAUACCCCAUGUAGAUGAAUUAUAAGCUUAUUUUAAAAAUAGAACUCCAAGUUGCUAUUUGCACAUUAUGUGUCCUUCCUAGUCACUUCUAUUCUAAAUGUGCAUAGAGUUUCGACACACAUCACUUCUUCUGAUGUUGUGCUUGAUUUGCAAGAAAUUAUAUUUCUAUCCCCAUCACAGGUCUGUAAAGAUCAUAUUCCUUGAUUUUUUAAUAUUUGCAAAUAAUAUACAUGGAGUUUAAAAGUGAUGCAGUCUUUCUACCAUUUCAGCUAAUAAAACUUUCAAAGUUAUUCAGCAGAUUAAAAAAACAAGAUUUUCAAGUAGCUGUAUAAUCUUAAUCAUCCAGUGUGAAUGCUGGAUCCAAGCAGUUAAUCUCAAUGGAGUCUGCAUUUAAACACUUAGAGGCAAGUAGGUUGCUUGCACCACUCAGACCAUUACAACCUAUUUCCCUUGAGCAGACAUCGUGGCUUUUCCCUUUGCUUUUCAUGCUUGCAUAGCUGCAAUCCCACACAUGCACAUACCUUCAAAGAAAAUUGCACGGAGAAUCACUUACACAUUUACACAUGCUUCACAACCAGCACUUUUAUGCAUGAAAUCAACAUUUGUUCCAGAGCAGAUUGAUGCCUAUUAUUUGUGUUUUACACAUCCUGUGGACACUGUGACCCAUUUUCAUGAACUGGCAACGGAAGCAUGAAAGAGUAGUUUGCAUUCACAAAGUCACCCCCUCCCCCCACCACCCAAUGUCUCCCAAUCCUUCAAGCUCAUGUGCCUCAAAAAGAGCAGCCCAGUUUUCAGUUUUAUCUUAAACCUACAGACACAUCCACUCACAUGUUCGUUACAAUCUGAAGCACACACACACAGAUCGAUUGAAUGAGCCAGCGAAGUCACAGCUUUAUGAAUAACAGACAAAAUAAAUUGUUAAAACAAGAUGAUGAAGAGACUGACAGGAUGAUGGCGAGACAAAUGGCAGGUCUAUGUCUCACAGAAGCUGUGACACAUUCAGGCAGCUGUUUGAAAGAGUGUUUAUGAAAGAAACUGAGCUCUAAUUGUUAUUACAUCACCUACAUCCUCCUUUCACUCUUUAGUCAUUCAUAUCCAAAAUCUAUUGAAUUGCAUGCUCCAUCUCUCAUUCUUACACUUCAUUUUUUGUGUUGGGUGAUUCAUUAUUAAAUUAUUUGUGUGCGCGGGUGUGUGUUUGUGAGUGAGAGUAAGCAUGAUGUGGAAAAAAAAAAACGUGUGAAUUAUGAAACAUGUAAUAUUGUCUCAUCCAUCCAUGUGAGUGUGAUGUCACUAAAGAAUGUAUUUGUUUUUUGUUUUUUUUUGCUGUGUUAUAUUUGUUAUUUCAUGUUGUGUUGAUGUCAUUAGAUGGGUUAUCCACUUUUGUUUCUGUAAUUCCCAAAAAGACUGGCUGCACCACAUGGGGAAAUACUGUAGUAGAAUCUGCCAUUUAUUUUGGAUCUCUCAAGUCUUUAUUGAACAUUUUCUUCAUUUAAAAUGACUGAAAACUCGUGAUAUUUUUAUCCUCAAUGUGUGUGAUAAUCACACUUCUGCAGAGGGAUUCAGAAUAUUUAUAUAUAUAUGUAUAAAUAAUUCCCUGGGGCAAAUAUACUGAUGUUCAUCAUCUACAUAAUGUGAUUUUGGUCAUGUGAGGCUGCCAGCUCUUCUUGGUUCAUUUGUUUCUGUUUGUGUUUCCUUUGCUAAAUGUAUUAAUUUCCAUUUGUACAAGUCAUUAAAUUCAUUGUCAUUUCAUUAUCA